UAAUGAGAAUGGUAUGUUGUAGUAGUUUAUGGUUGGGCCCCCAUUUUAUUAAUAGCAACAGGGUUUUUAGGAUUACUAAUUUCAGUUUCCUUAGAUGCCAUACAUGUUUCAAAUGUUGGAUCAAUUGGGCAAGGAAGAGGACAAAAUAAAUAUAUACGAUCAAUAAUAGUUGUACUAUCAGUAAUACUUAUUGGCAUAACAGUAAUUGCAGCAGUAAAUGGAUGAGAAAAAUAUGCUUAGUUAUUUUAUGUAGCCUCCAUAGGUUCAGAUGAAUUUGAAUUAC